AUGUCUUCGUUGGAAUUAAAGACCCUGAAUUUAAAGUCCAAAAAAUCAUCAUUGUCAAGUCUUGAAGUUGCCAUACCAUUUAAAACGUUAGAUCCACUCACAGACUUUACAAAUACAAUU